AUGGCUCAUCAGUCCGAUCAUUUGGCCAAUGCUAAUCAAUCUGUGACAACCAAUACUUAUGACUGGCUUCAAAGUCGAGAGCAGGAGGAGCGGAUGAGCUACUCUGCCCAGAAUUCGGCUGCUCUGAAGAAUAUGGGACGGUGGUCAAGUUUUGUGUGGCAUGCUGAUGAAGCUGCAGAAGUUGAUCAAAGAAUUCGUGGAGAUCCCUACGAAAUACAGUACUCUGUUUUCGAACCGGUUGUGGGCUAUACAAGAUGGCCACCCCUGCCCAAUAGGGAUAUUACGCGACAGAGCUUCCACGAAGUAGUCCACGAUUGUACCGAAGCCAUCACCAAGCACAAUAUCGAGCUGCAACGCAUUCAGGCAGGAUCUAGUGGGUCGUAUUUUGCGUAUGGGACUGCAACUGCAGAUACUCCGCUUGGGGUAUUCAAGCCCAAAGAUGAAGAACCGUACGGACCUCUGUCUCCAAAAUGGACUAAAUGGGCGCAUAGAACUUUCUUCCCUUGUUUUUUCGGGCGAAGCUGCUUGAUUCCCAACCUAGGGUAUAUCUGUGAAUCUGCCGCCAGUGUCAUGGACGAACUCCUGGGCACCAAUUUGGUACCCCAUACAGAAGUUGUGUCCUUGAUGUCCAAGAACUUCUACGACAAGAAAAGAGCAUGGUUCUCUACAGAGCCACGCUACAGGCACAAAAUCGGGUCUCUACAACGAUUUGUUGAAGGCUAUAUCGGUGCAAGCGAGUUCUUGGAGGAACACCCAUUUCCGGGCGUAUAUCGCGAUAGACAAGUAGCGCAGCCCGAAGACGAAUUCCACUGGAAUGCCCAAACUUUAGCUUCCUUCAGAUUCGAGAUCGAAAAGCUUGUUAUUCUGGACUAUAUGAUACGAAACACCGAUCGUGGACUUGACAAUUGGAUGAUAAAGGUCCGCCAGCUUCCAAAUAAGGAAUGGGAGAUCAAGCUGGCAGCGAUCGAUAAUGGUCUGGCAUUCCCUUGGAAACACCCCGACGAAUGGCGCUCUUUCCCCUAUGGAUGGUUGUACCUGCCGGUGAAUGUUCUAGGGCAGCCAUUUUCCGAGGCAACGCGAAGACACUUCUUGCCGCUUUUGACUAGCACCAAGUGGUGGGAGACAUGUUUCGCAGAAUUGACGGCGCAAUUCAGCCGUGACGCUGAAUUUAAGUCAAGAAUGUGGAAAAAGCAGUGGAGUGUACUUAAGGGUCAAGCUUUCAAUGUCGUUGAGACCCUGAAAAAUCCAACGCAGGGUCCUUUGGAACUUGUGCGUCGCACACAAACGCUUGUAAUCGAUGACAUUAUGCAUGUUCCAUCGAAUACGCUACCUUUGGCUAUCUUGAACAAUGCAAUGGAGGAGCCUAUUACGGUAUCGGCUUCAUCUCCGAUGGUUUCGUCCUCCUUACCAGAAGAUGGUAGUCCUACAGACGCCUACGUGGCUCGCACCGCUACUAACCCACAAGAUUCUACAGAAGAACCCCCAAUAUUUCCGAAAAGAUACAGUAGUAAGAAGGUAGUUAUAGAGAGGCUAAUGUUAGUGAAUUCUAAACCGCCAGUAUUUACAUGGUGGUGA